ACAAGAGGAAUUGUAAAUUAGGCAUCUCAACACCAAUAGUCUUGGAAAUAUUAAUCAGGAACGUCAAACUUCAUUAACUGUAUGACUUUUUUCUCAGGCUGCUUCACAUAAUUGAAUCACUGAUAAAAAAACUGGUUGCUUAUGACAGGAUCCAUUCCGGACUGGUGGAGAUGGGGCUCUUGGAUUUCACCUUUUUCCUAUGGGUUCAACACCCUCACUCUAAACGAGAUGUUUGCUCCAAGGUGGAUGAGCAAAUUGGCCUCAGACAACACAACAAGGUUGGGCGUGCAAGUGAUGAAAAACUUUGACGUCUUCCCUGAAAAAAGAUGGUUUUGGAUAGGCACUGCUGCACUACUGGGGUUCACAAUUCAUUUUAACAUUCUUUUCACUUUUUCCCUAAUGUACCUCAACCCUGCAGGGAAGCCACAAGCUAUUAUAUCCAAAAAGCAAGCAAGGGAUAUGGAUGCUGAUCAAGUAGAAGGCAAGGAAUCCAUGAGACUUAUAACAAAUGCAAAUAACUCGGGAGAAAUGAAAAUCUGGUGUAUCAGUAAUCGUUCUGACUCCAAUGGCGUUAGCAUAAAUGAAAAUGCAUGGCUCAAGGCUGCAAAUGGUGAUGCUGCAAAGAAAGGAAUGAUUCUGCCAUUUACCCCUCUGGCAAUGUCCUUCGACAAUGUGAAUUAUUUUGUAAACAUGCCACCUGAAAUGAAGGACCAAGUAGUGUCUGGAGCGUUUAGGCCAGGAGUCUUGACUGCUUUAAUGGGAGUCAGUGGAGCAGGGAAGACUACACUCAUGGACGUGCUAGCUGGACGAAAAACAGGUGGUUAUAUUGAAGGUGACAUAAAAAUAUCCGGGUUUCCAAAGAAGCAAGAAACCUUUGCUAGAGUUUCAGGAUAUUGUGAACAAACUGAUAUACACUCACCUCAAGUAACUGCCCGUGAAUCGUUGAUAUUUUCGGCUUUCCUCCGGCUUCCUAAAGAAGUCAGCAAUGAGGAUAAGAUGAUAUAUGUGGAUGAAGUAAUGGAUUUUGAGCAGCAGCUAUUGUUGUGAGAACUGUUAGAAACACAGUGGAUACUGGGAGAACUGUUGUGUGCACAAUUCAUUAACCAAGAAUUGAUAUUUUUGAAGAAUUUGAUGAGGUUUAAAAGUUAUAUUCUUUUUUGCCAUGAAAGUUAAAAGAAAGAAGAAAAAUAUUGGCGCUUCAAGGUCCAAAAUCAUCAGUCUACUGAACUCAUGGGGCGGAUGCACGGUGCAGAUGCACCCACUGCUCUCUACUGAAGUCAGCAACACCUUUUCUCUCUGGACAUUUAAAACCACAGCUUUCAAAGAACUCAAGGACAUGUUCACGAGGGCCCUGAUAAACAAUCUCACCUUCUGAUAAGAGAAUGAUAUCGUCAGAGAUCAAAUGUCUCAGGAGCAGGCUGAAGGAGGGACAUCAAGAUGGUGGCAUCUCUGAGAUGAGGGGCGAAGCUAUGUUGGCCCAAGGGUGGUCAACUAACCACCCUUCGCCGAAAAAUUAUACUACGUAUAAGACAACUCUGAUUAGGAAAGAGAAGCAUAUUAUGGUGGUCAUCCAACAAGAAAGUGCUGCAGUUCUCAUCACUAGCCAAAUAUGAGGAAACUUGUCAAACUUCCCUAUCAAUGACUUUUGACCCGAGAAAAAUCAGAAAAUGGUGGCAAGAGGAAAGAUGGAAGUCUGGUUGGUGGUAAUCUUCAACACCUGAAUUAAUCUUCAAGAUUCUAUGCAAGUCUACAAGUAAAGUUUUACUCAUGUCGGUAAUGGUUAGGGCUAGAUACAGUCUCCCUUACUUUAUUCUACUCAUGUACGUUUUAUUCAGAUCAUAAUUUGUU